AUGACUCAUAAUCAAUAUUUGAGUAGAUCAACUAAACGGAGAAGGUUUCUUGAGGAGGUUGAAGUAAUUGAUCUUUUUAAGGAAAAUCCAUCUUCAGCACCCCCAGAAACUCAACCUUCCACCCACCAAGUAAAUAUAUUAGAAGAGCAUCUAGAUACAUCCAGCCAUAUUAUUCAAGUUUCUGAUAACAAUAAUUCUAAUUUUCAAGUUAAUGAUUUAGAUUUAGAAGUACUUGAUACUAAACCUGAUAGUUAUAAUACCAGUGAUGAAGAAACAGUAGGUACUAAUUUUUUUGAUAAUGAUGCAGAGCUCAUUUUAAAAUCUUUAGCUCAGUGGGCAGUAAACUUUAAUAUUACAAAUAUGGCUUUCUCUGCAUUGUUAAAAAAUUUGAAAUCCCACAAGUGUUUUAAUAGUUUUUCAGUGGAUGCUCGUACCAUUUUGAAAUGUUCAAAUACCAACUCUACAGAAAUUCUAUCAGUUCCUCCUGGAAAAUAUUACCAUUUUGGCAUUGCUAAUGGUUUAAAAAAUAUAAAUAACUUUUUAAAUAAUUCUGAAGGCACAAUUAAAAUAAAUAUCGGAAUUGAUGGUUUGCCUCUUACCAAAAGUUCAGGUAGCUCAUUUUGGCCAAUUCUUGGUAGUAUACAAUACUUUUCAAGUACUUAUGUGUUUAUGAUUGGUCUUUACUGGGGAUUAGAAAAACCUAUGGAUAGCAAUAUAUUUUUGGAUAAUAUGGUUAAAGAAUUAAAAGAAUUGUCAAGUAUUGGAAUGUCUACACCUUAUGGUACAAAAAUUGUUUUAGUUAAUUGUAUUUCUUGUGAUGCUCCGGCUAAAAGUUUCGUUACGAAAACAAAAGGGCAUUCGGGAUUUUAUUCUUGUCCGAGAUGUGAUAUUGAGGGUAUAUAUUAUGAAAAUAGAGUUUGUUUCCCAGGAAUAAAAGGUAAUUCAAGAACACAUAUAGAUUUUGUAAACCGUACAAAUGAAGAAUAUCAUGUAACAGAUUCAAUAUCUAUUUUAACUGAUAUACCACAUAUUGAUAUAGUUCACAGUUUCAGUCUAGAUUAUAUGCAUCUUGUAUGUUUGGGUGUUACAAAAAAAAUUAUUUUAUUAUGGUUAGGUAAUUUAAAAAAAUCUCCAUUACAUGUGCGCUUACAAAACAAAAAUGUGCAAGCCAUUUCAUCUAACUUGUUAUCCCUCAGACCUCAUAUAUGUAGUGAUUUUUCAAGAUAUCCCAGAGGACUUAAUGACUUACCUAGAUGGAAAGCUACCGAGUUUAGGUUAUUUUUACUUUAUUCAGGUCCUGUGGUAUUAAAAGGUAUACUUAAUAAUGAAUGUUACAAACAUUUUAUUUGCUUGCACAUAUGUUUCAGAAUUUUAUUAACUCCAGAUAUAAGCGUAGAAUUAGUUGAUUUUAGUGAAAAAUUAUUGAUGUAUUUUGUAGAUAAGUUUGGAAAACUUUAUGGAAAACAUUUUGUUUCCCAUAAUGUACACGGGCUUCUACAUAUUGUAGAUGAUUACAGAAAAUUUGGAUUUCUAGAUAGUUGCUCGUGUUUUCCAUUUGAAAAUUAUAUGAAAGUCCUUAAGAAAAUGGUAAGAAAGCACGAGAAACCAUUAGAACAGGUGAUUAAACGGUAUGAUGAAAUACUAGAAUUUUGCAAACCAGAAUUAGUCAUCAAAACUUCUAGUCAACAAAUUAAAUUAAUGAAACCUCAUAGUGCGGGACCACUUAUGAAUGAUAGAACUGUGUCCCAAUUUAGAACUGUUACAAUUAAUAACAUUAAGAUAAGUAUUUCAUCAAUUUCCGAUUCCUACAUAGGAUUUGAAAAACAGGGGAAGUUAAAUAUUUGUCAAGUUGUUAAUAUAAUAUCUGAAAAUGACAGAACUGCCAAUAAAAUAGAAUUUAUUGUAAAAAUAUUUAAUAAAGUUGAGUCAUAUUUUGAAAAACCUCUUAAUAGUUUUAAAUUGGGUAUAGCUGUAGUGGAUAAUUUAUCAGAUAAUUGUGUUCAAAUUGAUAUUCAUAAAACAAAAUUUAAAAAAUACAUGAUACUAAGUAGCAACCAAGAUUUGCAUCUUAUUGCUUUCCCCAUUUUGCAUACAAAUGUAAUUUAA